AGUGAUAUCACUUUGGUGUGAGCACACGUAUAAAAUAGUGUGUUAUAAAUUUAUCAAUAAAAGAUUGCAGCUUAUUUGUAAAUAGAUAGUUGACACGAUUAAGACAUUGCUUUCAGAAUAAAUUCUUACAAUAUGACUAUCGACAAAUUGCCGCCCGAAGUAUUGGUGAAGAUUCUAUCAUUUCUCACACAGGCAGAUUUACUUUUUGUCAUCCGCAACGUUUGUCACAUUUUGAGAGAUCUGACAACAUCGAUAUGUCUUUGGAAUUAUGUUGAAUACAUAUAUGAAUAUCGCAAAGAUAAACUUAAUCGAUUUUACCGUUCUUUAGUCAAACAUAAACUGGUCAAUUACAUUGUUAAUCUUAAAAUAACAGAAGAACUUUUUUGGAAACUAUUGAAAUACGACAAGCAUGUCAAAUUUGCAAGCCUUAAAAGCAUCGAUAUUUCUGCAGAUCUUUUACGAUCAGGAAAAAUAUUUGCUGAAAUUUGUAAUAGAUGUCCCUGUUUGGAAAGCAUAAAGAUAUGGGCGGUUGUUGGGGUUGACGUAAAAAAUAUGUUUAAAGUUUUGUCAAAGAAGAAAUUUAUUAACUUUGACGUAGGCUACUAUAAUGAGGACAAGCAACCAGAUUUUGACAAGUAUUUAUUGUCUUUCCUUGGAGCACAGCCAAAUAUUAAGCAAUUAUCAAUACGUACAUUACAUUCGCAUGAUGAGAGUGAUUUGACGCGCAUUAUUGAAGGGAAUCCUCAAAUUACCUUCCUUUGUCUAUCAAGUAACUACGUAUCAAAUCAACUUUUUAAAAAGUUACAUCUUAACUUGACAAAGAUAGCAAUACAUUCCAAUCUAUUUGACGACCAAGGUCUCGAAUGGCUAACAAGUUGUUCGAACCAAUUAGUAUCGAUCAAUGUUAAAGAUUGUGAAGCUAUCACAGACCUGGGCAUAUCUUUCAUCGGUCAAAAUUGUCCUUCGUUAGAACAUUUAACUUUUGGAAACCACAUGCAAACUAAAAUUGGUAACGAUGGACUGUUGUCAGUUGCUCAAGGUUGUCCUAAGUUGAAAACACUGCAUACACAUUUUAUUUGGAAUAUUAAUGAUGACAGCGUCGUCCUCCUUGCGCAGUCUUGCACGUUUUUGCAGAAAGUAUCUUUUGAAAAGGGUGCACAAUUCACAGAUGCAUCAUUGAUUGCAAUAGGAAACAACUGUCCAUUACUAAAGUUUGCCCGCUUCAAAGAAUGUGACGAGUUAACAAAAGACGGUGUACUAUACUUGAUUAAUUCGUGUAUAUAUAUGGAAACAUUAGAAUUGUCAUGUUGCCGUGGAAUAGGUUUGGAGCAAUCAAAUACAGAUUUAAGGAACACUUCAUCAACUUUAACAGACGGAUUGGAUUGCGCAGAAAACAUUCAAAUAGAGACAAGUGGAUCAAGCACCAAAAAGCAUUCACAUUUAAAAAGGCUCAAUUUAUUCGGAUGUCUAAGUACUUCCAAUGACACACUUUUAUACCUGGUCAAGAAUUGUCCCGACCUCCGGUAUUUAAGCAGAACGGACACGGGUAUUCAGUGCAAUGAACAAUUAAUCUCAGGCCUUUUAAGAAUUUGUUCUCUGUUAGACACAACAUAUAUGUGACAAUGCAAUUGUCCAUAAUGAUAUUUCGUUGCAUUUUUACAUUUAUAUUUAAAACAACAUCGAUGUGUCUUCUUCUUAUGAUUAUUCCAGGCAGGAAACCAAAUUCAACGAUUGAAUGUAUAAGUUUUCGCGAAAACUAAACGGGGCGUCGUACAACACAGAGAAUGAUUGACCGAAAGCGUCUGUUGUGUUGCCCUUUCUUGGAGACUAUCAGUUGGCGUCUGC